GGGCCGGCCGCUGCUCCUCCGCCAUGAGGGUCGCGCCGAGCCGCGCCAAGAACCUCGAGCCGGCCGCGCCGCCUUUCCCUCUGCCCAGCUACCUGCUGGCUAAUUUAAAGGCUGACUGUCUGAACAAGCCUUUUGCUCAGAGAUGCCAUGAUCUCACGACAAUCAUUGAAGAUUUUCCUGCCAAGGAACUGCAUGCCAUCUUUCCUUGGCUGGUGGAGAACAUUUUUGGCAGUUUAGAUGGCAUCAUUUCCGGGUGGAACCUCCGCUGCCUACAAGGCAGAACAAACUACACCGAGUACAACGUGGCCCUGGACUUCCUAUCCCCCGGAGGCCCGAUGAUGAAGUUGGUUUACAAGCUCCAAGCUGAGGAAUACAGAUACGAGUUCCCCGUCUCCCACCUUCCUGGCCCAGUGAAAACUUCAAUUCAAGAACGGAUUUUACCAGAAUGUUCAUUAUAUCACAACAAAGUCCAGUUCCCUCCCACUGGUGGCCUGAAUUUGAACCUGAUUCUUAAUCCGUAUGAAUAUUACAUGUUCUGCUUUGCCAUCAGCCUCCUUACCCAGAGGGGCAUCUCCACCACCUGCCCCAUCAGCAUGUCGAACAGCGCUUACUUCAUCCUGGUGGACCGGUACCUGAAGUGGUUCUUGCCCAUAGAAGGGAGUGUCCCUCCCAUCCCUUCCUCGGAGCCUGGAGGGGUGGUCUCCUCACCUGCUUCCCGCUCUCCCACAAUGCCUUUCACCUCCUAUGGGAUGCAUCCCACCAGUCUUCUGAAAAGGCAUGUCGCUCACCAGACUUCAGUGAAUGCAGACCCCGCUUCCCAAGAGAUCUGGAGGUCGGAAACGUUGCUUCAGGUCUUUGUGGAGAUGUGGCUCCAUCACUAUUCGCUGGACAUGUAUCAGAAGAUGCAGUCUCCCCACAUCAAGCUGGAGGUUCUCCACUACCGACUCUCUUUAUCCAGCAUCCAUCCUGUCCAAUCCAGCCACCAGGCCCUCCAUACAUAUCAAGAGUCUUUCAAAGCCACUGAAGAACACGUCUUGGUUAUCCGGUUGCUGCUGAAGCACCUACACGCCUUCAGCAACAGCGUAAAGUCAGAACCGAUUUCUCCUUCAGGGCAUUCCCACACCGCCAGUCCACUAGAGGAAUUCAAAAGGAUUGUGAUCCCUCGGUUUGUUCAGCAGAAACUCUACAUAUUUCUUCAGCACUGCUUUGGUCACUGGCCUCUGGAUGCGUCUUUCAGAGCUGUUCUGGAGAUGUGGUUAAGCUACUUACAGCCUUGGAGAUAUGCACCAGAGAAACAACUGCCAAGCGCAGAGGCCCCACCUCGUAGUGUAUCAGAGAAAUGGGAGCCUUUUGUCCAGGAGAACCUGCUGCUCUACACAAAGCUCUUUGUCAGCUUUCUGAACCGAGCUCUCCGCACAGACCUGGUCAGCCCCAAGAAUGCCCUGAUGGUGUUCAGGGUAGCCAAGGUUUUUGCUCAGCCUCAUCUGGCUGAGAUGAUCCAGAGAGCAGAGCAGCUCUUCCUGGAAGCCGAUCUGAGCCUUCCCCACCGUCAGCACCGCCUCUUCCUGACUCCCUCGCUCGGAGGCAGCUUCCUGUCAGGACGGGCUCCCACCAUCACGGACGCCUCCUUUAAAGUGAAAAGUCACGUCUACAGUCUCGAAGGGCAAGACGCCCAGUACAGGCAGAUGUUUGGGACAGAAGUCAGAAACCUGGUGCUGCGACUGGCCCAGCUGAUCAGCCAGGCCCAGCAAUCGGCCAGGUCCCUCUCGGACCAUUCGGCGGAGUCCGGCCCCGGCCAGUCCUUCCUCUCCUGGUUCUGGUUUGGCUCGAGUGACCUGAACGGCUCCUACCUGGGGAACGACAUGGACGAAAUGGGGCAAGAGAGUAUACGAAAAACGGAUGAAUACUUGGAGAAAGCCCUGGAAUAUUUAUGUCAGAUAUUUCGGUUGAACGAAGCCCAGCUGAGCCAGCUGAUCCUGAACAGGAGAGGGGCUCCAGAGGAGAACGGGAAGAAGUUGCUGCCAGACUGCAUUGAGGACGAAGAUGGGCUAACACUCACGCCUCUUGGAAGAUACCAGAUCAUCAACGGCCUGCGCAAGUUCCAGAUAGAUUACCAGGGAGAUCCAGAGCUUCAACCAAUCCGAAGUUAUGAAAGCACCACCCUGGUCCGUCUGCUUUUCCGUCUGUCUUUGGCCAUUAAUGAACGUUUUGGAAGUCAGAUGGAGAGGCUCUGUGCUAGAGAAGAUUUCCUUGGCAGUUUCUGUCGCUAUCAUCUUACCAACCCAUCUCUGAUGGCUAAUUCCCAGCGCAGCCCACGCACCAAGUGGCAUUCGGGGCGGAUUCAGCAGCCGAGAAUCAGCUUGAGGUUUCUGGCCAGCUACAGGACUCUCUUCUCCAUACUGAUAGUUUACUUCAUGGCCUCCUGGUUCUGCCUUGGGCCAGUGGCCUGCACCUUCCUCCUCCUCUUGAUAUACCUUCUCUUUGCCUGCGGGAUGACUGUCUUGACUGAGAAAAGACAGUUUCAUUGACAGCAAAAGCUGCCUGAGUAAGCCCUACCUUCAGUUAGGGGUACAGGCUCUCCUGGGUGCUGAAGAAGUCUUUUUAAUCGCGCGUUCACAGAGGGUGUAAUUCUAUGCCUGUCAGACUGUUGCUGUGUAUACAUUCUAUUUUGAUAAAGUUUUUUUUU